CAACUCGCCAGCCCAAGAAACAAGGGGCAAUCCAUCGCACAAUGUUCACCCGCACAAUACAACAGUCCAAGCUGACCUUACAGUUUCUGCGCCACGCGUCAUCCCGCGCAAGCCAAAAUUCCCUGCCGGCAGCCUACUACCGCGGCGGAACCUCGCGCGCCGUCUUCUUCAAUCAGGCCGACCUCCCACGGAACCGAACAGAAUGGGCGCCCAUCUUCCGCGGGGUAAUCGGUAGCCCGGACCCCUACGGCCGGCAACUCGACGGCCUAGGCGGCGGAAUCUCCAGCCUGUCCAAAGUCUGCGUCGUUGGCGCGGCGACACACCCAGCCGCAGACGUCGACUAUACAUUUGCCGCACUGGGCGUGAAGAACGACGAGGUUGAUUUCUCGAGUAAUUGCGGGAAUAUGGUGAGCGCCGUUGGUCCGUAUGCCGUUGACGCCGGGCUUUUCGAUGUGCAUGGUGAGGCAGAGUCUGCGGUUGUCCGGAUCCAUAAUACGAAUACCGGCAAGAUCAUCCAUGCGACGUUUCCGCUUGCCGAGGGCGAGGCUGCGGCGCGCGGGGAGCUGGCUGUCGAUGGUGUGGCCGGGACGGCUGCGCCCAUCAAGCUCGAUUUUAUUGACCCUGCUGGGUCAAGGACGGGCAAGAUGUUGCCGACUGGGGUAGUGAGGGAUGUGUUUGAUGGUGUUGAGGCGACGUGUGUGGAUGUUGCGAACCCGUGUGUGUUUGUCCGUGCGGAGGAUCUUGGUGUGGAGGGGACAUUGUCGCCUGAUGAGAUUACGGCUGCGCCGGGGUUACUCGAGAGGUUGGAUUCCAUUCGCAGGCAGGCGGGCGUGGCGAUGGGGCUUGCGGGGACUCUGGAGGAGGUUCCGGGGAGUGUGCCCAAGAUUGGAAUGGUCUCGUCGCCGAAGGAAGCGAGUGAUGGACGGGGGGUUGAUCUUGUUGUUCGUGCGCUCUCGGUUGGACAGCCGCACAAGGCUGUUCCGAUUACAGUGGCUUUGGCGCUCGUGACUGCUGCUCGCUUGCCUGGGAGUACGGUGGCUGAGGUUACCAGUUCAGAUCCUGUAGAUCCUUCCCGGAUCACAAUAGGCCAUGCGAGUGGGAAUAUCCUUGUCGGGGCUACGUUUGGAGCUGAUGGCGGACUGGAGUUUGCGACGGUUUUUCGCACGGCAAGACGGUUGUUUGAGGGGAGGAUAUUCUGGAAAUAGGACUCCUAACAUUGUACACUACGCGUGCACCUUGCAUAAACUCGUUGUCCGCUCAGCCAAUUUACUGUUAAGCGAACAUCCAAACCAAGCUGCUGAGGCAACGGGUCGUAGCUUUCUGCUUUGGUAGCAAGUUCGCUGCUUAACUGACUAGCAUUACCUGACCGCAGCAUAUGUAAUAUGCUGUCUGGGAAAUCGAUAUAUGUGCUAUUUUUCUAAACGAACUCUUUGAUAAAUUCUUCCCGCAUGGGGCUGUUCCAAAU